CGCCCUCUGAUCAGGUUCUGACUUUCCCAAAGUCUUCGACGGGUCUAAAGAGAGCAAAGAGAGGUUGGGUAAUUCCUCCGUUCCAUGUGCCUGAGAAUAGCAGAGGGCCAUUCCCGAUGAAGCUGGUCCAGAUAAAGUCAGACUUUGUCAAGGAAACUCCAAUGGUGUACAGCAUCACAGGUGAAGGGGCAGAUCAGGACCCAAAGGGACUUUUCACUGUUGAAAGAUUAUCAGGGAAUCUCUUUGUCACUCAGCCACUCGACAGAGAAAAAAAAGCUUCGUACAGACUUAUAGCUCAUGCUGUAGCACGUGACGUGGAUAAUGUAAAAGAAAGUCCAAUGGAAAUUCUCAUCAACGUGAUUGACCAAAAUGAUAAUAAGCCUGUGUUUACUCAAAAUCCUUUUAAUGGACGUGUUCAUGAAGCUGCUGGAAAAGGUAGGUGUAUGGUGCAGUUUCUCAAUAAAAUGGCUUUUAGCU